CAGAGCAGAGGUGGAGAGGCUCCAAAGUCUGGCGGGACCCCUGAGCCCUUUGGGGCCUGGAAAACUUCACUGAGACUAGGGAGACCGGGUCUCUGAGGGAUGCGAAACUUCACCGAAGUCACAGGAACCGCACAGAGAGGGUGUGUUGACAUUCAGUGACAUGGCUGUGGACUUCUAACAGGAGGAGAGGGAAUUCCUAGAUCCUGCUCAGAGGGCUUUGCACAGAGACCUAAUGCUGGAGUAAUUUACAGCUGUCUUCUUUUUGUUGGUGAAGUGGAUUUUCAGCGAGCUGAAAGGAAAUUUCUGGAAAGAAUGAGAAGAUGUUUUAUGUAGUGCCCUAUUGGAAAGCCACAGAAGGAAGGUAGAGAUGACUUCUUUUCAGGAUCCAUUGACAUUCAAGGAUGUGUCCAUAGACUUCUCCCAGGAGGAGUGGGAAUGCCUAGACUCUGCUCAGAGGGCUUUGUACAGGGAGUUAAUGUUGGAGAACUAUAGCAAUCUGGUGUCUGUAGGUCUUGCUGUGUGUAAGCCUGUUCUGGUCUCCUGUCUGGAGCAAAGCAAAAAGCCCUGGAAUGUGAAGAGAGGGGAGACUGUAGCCAACCAGAACUCAACUCUUAGAAGACCUCAAAGGGUGUAUAACAUAGAGAAACCCUGCAAAUGUGAAGAAUAUGACAAGUCCAAUACCCAUGUCUCAAAUCUUAGAAAACAUAAGUAUAUUCAUACUGGAGAAAAACCCUACAGAUGUGAAGAAUGUGACAGGUCCUAUAUUUGGAUGUCAAGUUUCAAAUUACAUCAGCGAAGUCAUACUGGAGAGAAACCCUACAAAUGUGAAGAAUGUGGCAAGUCCUUUAGACAAAUGCCACAUCUGAAAGAACAUCAGCGAAUACAUACGGGAGAGAAACCCUACAAAUGUGAAGAAUGUGUUAAGUCCUUUAGUCAAAUGUCAAAUUUGAGAGCACAUCAGCGAAUACAUACGGGAGAGAAACCCUACAAAUGUGAAGAAUGUGUUAAGUCCUUUAGUCAAAUGUCAAAUUUGAGAGCACAUCAGCGAAUACAUACGGGAGAGAAGCCCUACAAAUGUGAAGAGUGUGACAGGUCCUUUGCUUGGAUGACAAGUUUCAAAUUACAUCAGAGAGAACAUAAUGGAGAGAAACCCUACAGAUGUGAAGAAUGUGGCAAAUCCUUUAGUAAAAUAUCAUAUCUGAGAGUACAUCAGCGAAUACAUACAGGAGAGAAACGCUACGAAUGUGAAGAAUGUGGCAAGUCCUUUAGUAAAAUGUCAACUCUUAGAGCACAUCAGCGAAUACAUACUGGAGAGAAACCCUACAGAUGUGAAGAAUGUGGCAAGUCCUUUAGACAUAUGUCAGAUCUUAAAGCACAUCAGCGAAUACAUACUGGUGAGAAACCCUACAGAUGUGAAGAAUGUGGCAAGUCCUUUAGAUAUGUGUCAACUCUCAGAUCACAUCAGCAAAUACAUACUGGAGAGAAACCCUACAGAUGUGAAGAAUGUGGCAAGUCCUUUAGUAAAAUGUCAACUCUUAGAGCACAUCAGCGAAUACAUACUGGAGAGAAACCCUACAAAUGUGAAGAAUGUGUUAAGUCCUUUAGUCAAAUGAUAUAUCUGAGAGUACAUCAGCGAACACAUACGGGAGAGAAGCCCUACAAAUGUGAAGAGUGUGGCAAGUCCUUUAGUCAAAUGUCAAGUCUUAGAGAACAUCAGCGAAUACAUACUGGAGAGAAACCUUACAGAUGUGGAGAAUGUGGCAAGUCCUUUAGACAUAUGUCAACUCAUAGAUCACAUCAGCGAAUACAUACUGGAGAGAACCACUUCAGAUGUGAACAAUGUGGCAAGUCCUUUAGAUAUGUGUCAACUCUCAGAUCACAUCAGCAAAUACAUACUGGAGAGAAACCCUACAGAUGUGAAGAAUGUGGCAAGUCCUUUAUGAUGAGCUGCACUUAUAAGAAACGUCAGAGAAUUCCUCUUGGAGAGAAUCCCUACAAAUGUGAGGAAUGUAGGAAGUCCUUUAAAAAUAUGUCUUAGAUUAGAGCACAUCAUGUAAUUCAUACUUGAGAGAAACCCUACAAAUGUGAAGUAUAUGAGAAGUCCUUUAGUCAGAUUUAAUGUAUCAUACUGAAAAGUAACCAUUCUGAUGAGAAGAAUGUGAAAAACUGAGAGCUCAACACAUAGAUGACAUGAGAGAAUUCAUACUAGAGAGAAACCCCACAAAUGAAAAGGGUUUGAGAGGUCCUGUACUUUUAUUUCAGCUCUUAGAGAACAUCAAAGAAUUGACAAUAAAUGCAGACACUGCACACAUAAAGAAUGUAGCAAUUCCUUUAAUAAUAUGUCAAAUGGUGGCAGUUAUCAAAACCUCAUACUGAAGAGAUAAUUUACAAUUGCCCAGAGUGUGGUACAUCCUUUACCCUUGGUUCAAUCCUUAGAAAGAAAAGCAGAAUCUGUGCUAGAGAGAUAUAUCUAAAAGUAUGGACAAUACUCAAAUGCUUAUAUUUAUAUGUUACAAAACUUCAUAGUGUACUGAAGGAAAAGUUAGAAUUGUGCACAAAAUUGCAAAAUUUCUAAUAAAAAUUUAUUUUUAAUUCAUAAGUAUGAGAAACUAGAAACAUAAUUACUGUGAAAAAGCCUUUACUUUCCCAUCCAAUGUUGUUGAAUAUUACAGAAUCUUUAUUGUAGAGAAAACCUACAGAUAAACAAAACAUGAAAGCCAGCAUUUACAAAUGGCACCUAUGUUAGGAAACAUCAGAGAUUUCUUAGUGAACAGGAACCUCACAACGAUUCAAAGAUUAAUACAUCAUUAUUUACUGUCAAAGAAUACACUGUGUGAAUAAAGCAGCAUGCUGGAUAGCUUUAGUGUCAUCUUGACACACCUGGAAUAGUGUGUCAAUUGGGGAAUUACCUCCAUUUGACUGGCUAGUGGCCAUAUCUGUGGGGUAAUUUUCUUAAUUGUUGAGUGAUGUGGGUGGAGCCAUUCCUGGGCAGGUGGUCCUGUAUUGUAUAAGAAAGCGGUGUGAGAUGGGCCCAGGGGAGGAAGCAAGUAAGCAACAUUCCUGCAUUUCUCCAUGGCCAGUGCUCUAGCCUCUGUCUCCAGGAUCCUGCCCUGAGUUCCCUGAUGAACCCUAGGAAAUGUAAGCCAAAUAAACUCUUUCCUCCCCACUUUGGUAUUGGCAAGAGUGUUUUGUCACAGCAGUGGAGAAACAAACUAGAACAAGAUCCUAAGUAUCAUUGAGUUGCCACAUGUUCUCUAAAUAUCUUGUGAAUAUGUGAAAAUUUUAAUGCAUAUAUGCAACUUGGAAAAUCCUAAAGUGUAUGAAGUCAUUGUAUCUUAAUUGCAUAUGAAAGGGGAAAAGAUUUAUGCAAAUAUCUUUUUUAAGG